UGGAACAGGAAGUAAAACGGUACCCUAGAGGUCGCCGUGGAUGAAGAACUCGGAAGUGAAGCACGGGCAUCCGCGAACAAGUAAGGAGGCCAUAUUUUAUGGGGUAGGUUAGGAAAAUAAAAAUAGAGUGAAAGGGCUUUUCCGUUUUAACCUUACCAGACCCCGCUCACCCAUGUCUUCAGGACGACCCGCCCUGUGGCACAGAGGUGACAUCCUGGUGCUCUUUCUGGUCCUGGGAGUUUGCUGCUUCCUUUGCCCUCUUCUGCUUUUACUUCCAGGGUCCUUCCCCGUCUGUCUUCUUCCCCAACAGUCUUUCCCAAACCUUUAGCCGCUCCGCCAAAGACACAAGCAAGAAUCUAACAGAUUAAAUUGUACUAAAGUAAUUUCUGUGUAAUCAAAAACAUUAAAGCAGGUCUUCUAUUGAGGAGCAAUAGUUGUUCAUCCCCAAUCAUCUUUGCAGAAGCCACCACCUCGAUCCCCAGGCACCCAACAUUGAAUCUAAGAUUUUGCAUUGAACUACAUUGCCUGCCCUUUUUAUUUUUUAUUUGAAGAGUCCCUGGCUGCCCUCGAACUCCCUGUCCUCCUGUCUCAUCUGGAGCAGCUAGCAUUACAGCCAUGUACCACCUUGAUCAGCUGGAGAUCACUGCUUUUAAUUUUUCCGUAUGUAGCUCUUUGUAUGACCCUAAAUCAAAAUAAUAUAUUUCCACUGCAUUUCUUUAGCUUUUUUAUAUUUCCUUACCUUGCUUUUCUCUAGCUUCUCCAUUUGCAAUUGCUAUUUUUGUUCCUGUGUUGAUCUUUGGAACUUUAAAUGAUAGAUAUCACCCUGUUUGUUGUUCCAUGAGCAUUAGGCAGUGCUUCUGGGGCCCUUACACUCACACUACUUUAAAUGAGGACAUUAAAACUUCCACUUUCAGCCUGCCAUCAGCUAUACCUCAGCGUUUACAUUUAAUUCUCAGGUAUUCACCAAACAUUAAAGCACUGUUUUUGUUUUUUGGGGGGUUUUGUUGCUGUCAUUGUUGUCUUUGAUACAGGGAACUGAACUUGAGAUCUCACACUUGCCAGUCUAGUAACAUAAAUUUACAAAGUGAAUGCAUAAAUAUUGCCAAAUGCAUCAAGUGCCUGCCAUUGACCAUUCAUGUUCCAUAUCCAUAUGUGAUACUGACAAAAGUUCCAGGGAUUGGCUGGUUGGUUGGUUGGUUGUUUCUCUGGAAUGAUGAGUUCCUCCACUCAUCAUUUUGAUCAUGGUCUUUGUUUUUUUUUGUGUGUGUGUGUGUGUGUGUUUUUUAUCUUCUAAGGGAUAUUAUUUCAUCUCUUCUUUUAACAUACCACUGAGGAGCAUGUCUUGGCAUAUGUAUGUUAGCACCAGAGAAGAGAGUAAGAAUUACAAGCACAAGGAAAAACACUCCUGUUUCUCUUACAUUUUACACUGUUUUGUAUAACAUAAGGAAACUGCAUAUAGGCAAUGGGCUUCUGGCAUUUACCUUUCACCCUAAAUGUACUCAUAAACAUAUCAGAGAAUGAGGCUAGAGGUAUUUAGGACCUUGUUCUGGAUGCAGAAACACCACAUUUUAUGUGACCUUGCUCUAGUUGAAGAGAAACUAUGUUGACUUACAGAGUAUGAUAGGAGUGAGAAUAGUCUGGUAGAGCAAACACAGAAGAAUCAGAGUUUCCCCAAUAAAUGAAAACUCAGAACUUCCAACACCACUCACUUGGGUGUCCCUACACAUCCCUUCCAUGGUGUGAGUAAAAUAACCCAAAGGUUCAAUUGAGAAGGCCUAAGCUUAUUCAGCAGAUCAGUAAAUGAUCCUAAUGAUAGGUUUGUUUUUCAGUCACUACUUAACAUUUAAUUGACCUGUAUGUUUACUUUUUUUCCUCUCAUAUAUUUUCCUUCACUCUUUAUAGCCUUCAUUACCUUUCCUUGCUUUUAUUCAUGUUCCAAGGAAGAUGUGAGAGGAACCGUGAGUCUGGCAGUCUUAGUGGAAGCUAUUGAGGAAGAGGUGGCCUGUCCCAUCUGUACGACUUUCCUGAAGGAGCCCUUGAGCAUUGACUGUGGACAUCACAGCUCUCUCUCUCUCUCAGGACUCUGGGAGGUUUCAAGAGAAUCCCAGAACUGCAAUUAUUCCUGUCCCCUUUAACCAAAGAACCUAUGAGUUAAUUGGCAGCUGGCCAGUGUUGUAAAAAAAGCCAAUUUGCUAAGGCCAUGUCUAGGAAUAAAACUGAAAGAUGACAUGUGUGAGUUCCAUGGGACACAGUUAAAGGUCUUCUGCAAAGAGGAUGGCUUAUAUGGUGUGUGAGGCCUACAGCUGAGCCUCAGAGAAUGAGGCCCACUGUGCUGUGCCCUUGGAGGACAUUGCCUGGGAAUACAAGGUGGAAGAUCACUCCUCUGCCCUUCAUUUGGCUAUCUCUAUAUCAAGGGCCAGAUACCAGCCCCAGAGCCUAUGAGCUGAUUUCUUUGGCUCCUAACACCCACAGGGCCCUGAGGUGUGUUAUGCUGAGUUACACUUUUUCUUUUCAAGACUUUGUUGAUUUCCUUAUUUCCAACUUCCCUCACUUUCCACCCUAAGUCCCAACGUGUUUUAAUGUAACCCAAAGCUGAUUUUAGUUAUGAGACUUGGAAGGAGCUCAGUUUGGAUUCUAUUGGAAUUCUUAAUGGCUUGGUUAAAUUUGGGUGUGAGGUUGAGAUUCACUAAUCAAGACUAACCUAUCAGAACCUUCUAACCUCUCCUAGCAGCACAACAAGUAGUCACUUGACAUUGUGUGAGUCAAACUCCUUUAAAACUAUGGCUUAGAAACUUGGGUUCAUAAUUUAUUUUUAGAUCUGUAAAGGACCCUGAGUGAGUUCCUUGGGACUGAUUUGCGAAGUGCCAGAUGUGACUUAUGCACUAAACAUGCAUUAAUACACACAGUACCUAAUACAAUAUUUUCAGGUCCCUUCUGACUUUGGGUUUAGGUAAAGGAAAAUCAAAGGCUAGGCAUUUUUUCCUCUUUGGCCAGUCUUCUUUAUCUCUCCCAAAUCCUUUCAUGUUGUUUGUUUGUUUGUUUGUUUGUUUUGUAUCCUUUCUCUGGGACAAGCCAUCUUUGUUUAUGCACCUGCUGUUUUUUUUUUUUUACUCGGUCAGAGAAUUUGUCUUCAGGUUCCUGUUUGCUCUUUUCUCAGAUGUCUAUGCUGUCAUAUCUUUGUAAGAUCCAUUAUUCCAGUAUUUGGUGAUCAGUGACCCUGUUCUGGUCUUAAAUUCUUCUUUGGAGAGUUGAAAUUAGGCAAUAAAAAUGUAAGAUAAAUCUGCUAAAUUAGCUUUUUUCAUCCAUAGUAAAAGUUUCUAAAGCAUUAAAAGUACGCACUUAGCCAGGCAUUGUGGCACAUGCCUAUAAUCCCAGCACUUGGGAGGCAGAGGCAGAAGAAUUGCUGCAAGUUCAAGGCCAGUCUGAGCUACAAAAUGAGUUUAAAGCCAACCUGAACUACAUAGUAAAACCCUGUCUCUUAAAAAAAAAAAAAAAGUAUACACUUACUCAUUUUGUUCUGAAAAUAUUGGAGUAGUAGAGAGGUUUUAACAUCCUAACAUGUUUAAAUCCCAGCCAAACCAUUUACUAGUUACAUGACUUUAGAUAGUUGACUUUCUAUGUCUCAAUUGUUUUAAUCUGUAAAAUGGGAUAAAGGUCAAUAGAUGAGGACUCUAUUAAUGCAUGUAUAGUGCUUACACCAUGUUUGGUACUUAGUUAUUCUUUUUUUAGUUAUUCUUUCAUAAAAUGAUUACCAUGAUUAGAAUUAUAAGUGAUACAGAAACAUGUUAUGCGUUCCAGUGGAAAUCCCUUGUGUCACUAUUCUAGGACCCUGCUUCCUACUUUAAGACCAAAAACAGACAUGAAUGAGCAGCAGGGUUCAAGGGACUUUGUUCUAAAACAUUUUGGAAAUCGACAUUUCUUCCACUUCACACUUAGGGACUAUGGGGGUUACCAUGAUUCUCAGCUCAGAGAACUACCCUGGGGGCCAUCUGGGCAGAUCUGCCCCUACAUUCCUCUCCUCUCUACAGUCAUUCUCUGUUGCCAGACGGACCCUGAUUUUCCCAUCACUUACCAGUGUGAGGGCUUCUUAUCAGCCUAGGCUGCCUGAGUUCUCCUCAUUAGGCCCAUGUUUACCUCUUGCACUGGAAACUCCUUGAGUCUCUGUAACAUCUGAGGAAAGGACAGAAAGAGGGGCCUGUGUGCUGGAAGUUAAUGAAGAGAAACAAACUGAUGACUGGAAGGCAAGUGGCCACCUGGGCAAGGAGUUUACAUCACCUCUGUUCUGUGGCUUUCUCAUCUCUGGGAGGUAGAACAUAAGGCUUUAAGUCAGAGAGCCUGGGACCCUAACACUUUUACCAGGUUUAUGGCCCUCAGUGGGCCAUGAAACUUCACAGUUUUGGUUUCUUGAUUAUGAUAUAGGGAUACCUCUGAUCUGAUGUCCUCGUACAUGAGAAAGGAAAAGUAUGCGCCUCAUAAUGCACAUUAAUUUAUGAUACCAUUCUUGUACAAUGCUAAUAAAACAUAGUUUUUUGCUUCACUUUCCCAGUCAAGGGGUAUUUCCUAACUUCAGUUAUGAAAAUACUAGAAAAUCAUUUCUGCAAUACAUUUGAAGCCAGUAAUUAUGAAACUUUGCAGCUUUUGAUCAACAGAAUAAUAUUGAAGCAAUCUAAUAUAGUGCUUUAAACAGAUACAACACCAGCAAGAAGAAAAAGCAUCUAGCAAUACAGUUAACUUACAUUGCUUUUAUAAGUAUAACCCAUCUGGUUAUUCUUAAAAGGAAAAAUAGUCUAGUGUUCAUAGUACCAAGAUAAUCUGGAUCCUCCUGGUCAGAAAGAGUAGUACAUGUUGAAUAUUCCUAAUCCAAAAAUCUGAAAUGUGAAAUGCUAUAAAAUCCAAACUUUUUUGAGCACCAGCAUGAUGCCACAAAUAGAAAAUUCUACCCCUGACCUCAUGGGGUAAAUCGCACUGAAAAUACAGGCAUGAUACAAAAAUGUAUUUAAAACCACUGGCCUGUGCAUACAUACACCAAACCAUUCCACAGGGUAUAUGUAUGCACAGGCCAGUGUUUUCAAUUGUGGGUAGCCCUUACAUUAAAAAUAUCAGUGCUGAUUGCAAUCUUGACUCUGUAGAUGCAGGUGGAAACCCAAAGUGGGAUACCAUAUUAGAGUUUAAGUACCAGCAGUUGCUAAACAAAAAAGGUCUCCAAAGUCGGCAGCUAGACAUGGAGGUAGCUACAGGUCUGGCCAGCUGGAAUAGGAAUGGGGAAAUGUUGCAUAAGCUAGAACUGAAUUACGAAGACCUUGUCUGUCAGAACUGGGUUCUGUGUAGGAUGAUCACAGAGCUGAAAGAGAGAUCUUGGAUGCCUGUCCACUGGAUCCUGCAGCCAUGCAACAGGCUUUCCUGGGAAGUCUGUUCUUGGAGCCUACAGCUGCCAGAAUCAGUCUCCUUGAAGCUGAAGACAGAUUGCCAUGUGCUAGGGCUAAGAGAGGUUCUGAAGAAAUAUGCAGCUAAUGUAUACUUGGAUCCGGAUGCUGCUUACUCUUACCUCAUCAUAUCCAAGGACACAAAGUGCGUACAGUAUGGAUACACUCAGCAGAAGCUACCUGACAGUCUUGAGAAACAUCACUACUAUAACCCUGUCCUGGGAAACCAGUACAUCUCCUCAGGCUAGCGGUCCUGGGAAGUGGAGGUGGAAGAUGAGACUGAAUGUGGCUUGAGAAUGUAUAACGAAAAUAUAGACCAAAAGGAGGUGCCCUUCUUAUCUCCCUACUGUGGAUUCUGGGUGAUAAGGCUGAGAAAGGAAACUGAAUACCUGGGCACCGAUGAAUUCCAUCUCCUGUCCUUGCAAGUCCCUCCGUGGCGGGUGGGAGUCUUCCUAGAUUACAAGUCCCAUUAUAUCUCCUUCUAUAAUGUGACUGAUGAUGGCUCUCACAUUUUCACUUUCCUCCCCUGUCUUUUUCCUGGGCAUCUCCUGCCAUGUUUUAGUCUUUGCUACAAUGGUGCCAAGCACACCGCUCCUCUGAUCAUCUGUUCCCUGGGUGGUGAGGACUAAGAGAGCUCCCUUCCCAACCAGAGCCCUUAGAAUUUGGCCUGGCCCACAAGUGAGUUGAAGAAUGUGGCCAAAGAAUCCAUUUACUCCUUUCCCUGUCUCUAUGGUCUCUUGCUGUUAGGCCGUUGUCACUGAAUGACCCAUAUAAAAUGACUCAGUCAAAUGAGCAUUGCACCAGUGAAUUAAGCUCAGAACAGUGGUAAGAUAACUUGUUGGUAUGAAGAUCUACUCUGCAUUCCUCUCACACCUCUCUUCCCUUGUUCUCACUCAGUGCCAUAAUUAAGGCAAUGAGAAAAAUAAAACAGACACUCUUCAGGGAACUUUUCAAUUAGAGCUAACCAGUGAGCCAUAGAAAUAAAGGCCAUAUCCACAGCUGGUUUCCAUGCUGAUGCCAGUCAAGAUGCUUCAUCUAAGGUUCACUGGAAUAUAACCUGUAUUGACCUUACUCUGUCCUCCUGAUUAGGGACACGGGACUUUCGCAGGCCACUCUGCAUCACCUCCUUGGGUGCAGGCUGGAUAGUUCACUGUCUCAGACCUCUAAGUGGCAAAAGCAGAAAACCUGUUCUUAUUUUCAUUCUAUGGAUAACAUAACUGAAAUGGGCUUAAGGAAACAAAUUACUUCUUAGCUUUGAAAGAUUAUAAAAAGUGUGAACUCAUUUUCGCAUUCAACUGAAGCAAGAUUGAAAAAAAUUGCUCCGUAAGUCAAAUGUGAACCACUCCCAUCUUUAAGAGGUUAAAGGUAUCUUUGUUGGCAAACUGGAUGCAGUUUGUCCUAAAACAAUGUAUUGUUACCUCUUACCUCUUAGAUUGGUGUAAAAUCCAUGACCCAUGCCAUACUUUGCUCAUUUCUCAGGGAUAUAGGAAGGUAACCAUGGAUAACCUCCCCACCUCACGGUGUUAUGACUAGUCUCUUCUCAGUAAUGCCUUACUUUGUUAGGUCCUUUCCUGACAGUCUAGAGCCCUUCAGGUGGAAAAGUGUCAUGCCAGAGGCACACUAUGAGCCACAGGAGAAUAUUAUGCAACUUCUUGCAUGGCUUUAUCUCUGGAUUACAAUAGAGGCUAUAACUUCAGGAUAGAAACUAAAGAAAAAAAUGCAAAACAGCUAACCAAGAAGGAUGCUUAUCCACCAACCAGUUAGGCUAAAAGACCUUUUGAAUCACCAAGGGAAUCUUCACAGUACUUGUAACUACUUAAUAUCUUCUUUGCUUUUCUCUUCUCUAAAUCUGUGGAGGAGAGAAAUGUAGGAAAAGGAAAAGAAAUUUUUAAAUGCCAUGUGUGUGAGAAAUAGAAUUGGAUCAAAUGUGAUAAUGAAGAGAAUUAAGACUGUAUGUUGGACUUACUGACUGUAGAGUAGGUGUGUGUGGCCGCAAGGCUAUACUAACAUAAGCCACUGCAAGUCAUAAGGUUAUGCUGUGGAAGUAAUUGUGUUAGAAAUAAGCUUCAAAGCAGGCAUAUGAGAAUUAUUGUUUCUGCUUAUUGCAAUGGACUACGAUACAUACCAAUUUCAUGUUGUUUCCCCAGAAUGCAAUGUAAGACAGCUUCUGGCACCAUGGGUACUGGAAGAUAAUGAUCAUUAAGUUAGGAUGGAGCAGAAAAAUAGAUAGUAUGUGAGGUAACAGACACACAGUGACUUCCAGUUGGUCAUAAUAACAAAUAUUAAAAAUCAUCUUUCUGUUUUAAUUGCAUUCACUGUUUACAUUUGAGGGAGGUAAAAUGAGUGAAAUAAAAUUCAUUCUGCCACCCUGCUCCCAUGUUGUUUCUUCUUAAGCAUUAGCAGUAGAAGGAGAGGGUGAGACAAAUCAAUGUUGUUAUUUUACCAUGAAAUGAUUAGGACAAAUCUUGGAAGACAUAAAAUAAUUGGGGAUGAUACAUUUAUUUAAAGCUGGAAUAAAUUAAGAAAGUAAUAACCUCCCUUUUGGGGUUUGUGUUUUGCAUUUUAUAAACUGAUUUCAUGGCAAUGAUUAUUUGUUUAAAUAAUCAUUUAACCAGAAAUUGUAAGGUCAAAUGAUACCAUUUUGUUUAUUUUACAUUGUCUUAUUUUUAAGACCAGGUGAAAACAUUGAAAUUCCCGUGGAAUGGAAACACUUCUCUGUGGGGUAGUUUAACCCAUUGUAACUCAUUCUGUGUUGUGUGUGUGUGUGUGUGUGUGUGUGUGUGUGUGUGUGUGUGUGUAACAUCUAAGUAAGUAAGGGAAUUUUUAGGUGCCUAGAAUCACGA